AUGGAGAUAGCCCACGCACACCCCAUGGCAGGACACAUAGGAGUACAGAACACCGUCCAGCGCCUCUGUGACCGGUUCCACUGGCCGGGCCUAGAGGCCGAAGCCAUCCCCCUCCGCAAGGCCACUACCAAAGCCAUCGCCCAGGAACUCUUCCUGCUGUGCAGUCGGGUCGGCAUCCCAUCCCAGAUACUGACUGACCAGGGCACCCCGUUCAUGAUGGCGGACCUCUGCAAACUCCUGAAGGUCCAGCAGCUCCGUACUACGGUGUACCAACCCCAGACAGACGGGCUCAUCGAGCGGUUCAACCAGACCCUGAAACAGAUGCUGCGCCGAGUGACGGCCGAAGAUAAAAGGGACUGGGACAAGAUCCUGCCAUACGUCCUCUUCGGGGUUCGGGGGUCCCUCAGGCCUCCACCGGCUUCACACCGUUUAAGUUGCUCUUCGGCCGCCAGCCCCGUGGUCUGCUCGACGUUGCCUGAGAGGCCUGGGAACAACCGGCCGUACCACCGUGUAACACCGAGGAGACCAUGUCCUGGUUCUGGUCCCUACGGCCGCCUGCAAGUUCUUGGCCACCUGCAGGGGCCGUACACAGUCACCGAAAAGGUCGGCCCCAUUACAUACCAAGUGCGGCAGCCCGGAAGACGGAGGAGGGACCAGCUUUAUCACAUUAACCUCCUGAAGCGCUGGGUCGGAACUGGGCCUCAGCUCUCGGCCUACACCAAAGCGACUCCCGUGGUUGUGGACAUGGACCCUCAACUCUCUGCCGCCCAGAAGACCGAGCUGCAGCACCUGGUCAGUCAGUUUCCGGAUGUGUUCUCCCCCCAGUCUGGGCGGACCCACGUCAUGGAACACGACGUCCGCACGCCACCCGGAACCAUCGUCCGGCAGCGGCCCUAUCGUGUCCCGGAGGCUCGGAGACACGCCAUCGAAGAGGAAGUACAGGAGAUGUUGAGGUUAGGGGUAAUUGAACCAUCUCACAGUCCAUGGUCCAGCCCCAUCGUCAUGGUUCCGAAGCCCGACGGCACCCUCCGCUUCUGUAAUGACUUCCGCCGCCUCAACGAAGUCUCCAAGUUCGACUGCUACCCCAUGCCCUGCGUCAAUGAGCUGUUGGAUCGUCUGGGAAGGGCCCGGUUUAUAUCAACCCUCGACCUCACGAAGGGAUACUGGCAAGUCCCCCUCUCGGAACAGGCCAAGCCGAAGACGGCCUUCUCGAAGACGGUGCUCCCUUCGGCCUCCACGGAGCACCGGCCACCUUCCAGAGGCUGAUGGACGUCGUCCUCCAGCUGCAUCAGGCCUACGCGGUGGCCUACAUCGACGACGUGGUAAUACACUCGGAGACUUGGGAGGACCACCUGGAGCGGCUGCGGAGGGUGCUACUGGAACUACGCCGGGCUGGCCUGACUGCCAACCCCCGGAAGUGUCACCUGGCCCUCUCGGAAGCAAAGUAUCUGGGGUACCAGGUGGGUCGCGGCCUGAUCAGACCUCAGUAGAAGAAGGUGGCAGCAAUCCUCUCCGUGCCACGGCCCACCUCCAAGACGCAGGUACGGGCCUUUUUGGGGUUGGCAGGAUAUUACCGCUGCUUUAUCCCUAACUUCUCCUCCUUAGCCUCUCCCCUGACAGAUCUGACCAGGAAGGGGCAACCGGAGAAGGUCUCGUGGACCCCCGAGACGGAGGCGGCGUUCCACCGGAUAAAGGCAGCCCUCACAACGGAGCCGAGUUGUAACAUGCCUCUAGAACAGACUUAAGUCAAAAUAAUCACUAAGUAGGGUGACCAUAUGACCAUAUAAUCGUGGGGCUGCGCUUGAGAAGGUGAGAUCUACAGGGAACGA